GCCAAACAGUUUUACAUCCUCUUAUAGAAAAGAAAUACUUGCAUUUACUAAAAUUAAAUGCGCACUAAAACACAUUAAUAGGUAUAUUAUCAAAAUAUUCUCUUUUGUAUUCUCUUUUCAUAUAUAUUGUAGUGCUAUUGGUAAGAUUAAGUUACUUUGUUUUAACAACGAACAAAACACUAGUAAAUGUGUAGUAUAUCCAUCUGAUAUUCAUUACGUAUUGAAUACUUGACCUCUAGUCGUUGAUAAACUUGAAUUAAAGUCAAUUGAUAAACAUAUGGUUACUAAGUUUUGCAACCGGCGAUGUCUAUGUUGAAACAUAUAAAUAUAUUUUCAUAAUAGUUUUUCGAAAGCUUACAGUAAAUGUACAUAUAAGUAGAUAUGUAUGUAGUCUAGUCAACAAUGGCAAGCCUGAAUUAUUAUCAAGGAUUUGAGUUUUUUCUAAAUGUUAUUUGUUAUUUUUUAAGCUUUUAAAUAAGCAAUUCACCAUAAAUACAAACAUCAAAACAGUAUGACAUUUCAAUGUUUAUAUCAUUCAAAUCAAAUACUCUAGAAUUUAAUCGUAAGCUUGAUUCAGUCGUUACGAUUCAUCAAGAGUUAUACCUACACAAAAAUACUUAUUUAAUGAACACAAAUAAAAAAAGAAAAUCAAUGUUAUUACAAAUCACAUUACUCUUAUUUUUAACAAUAGUAUGUCAAGGGAAAAUCGAAAUUAACGUAACAGUGGCUUCAAACAUAAAUGAUGUUAUUGUAAAAUUUGCUGGUACAGACAACGAAAUAAUAACCGAUAGUGAGAAAGAUUUAUUCAAUAUAACAAUUGGAAAUCUGAACCAUGGUAUGAGAGUUGAAUUAGGUAAGGCACCUGACAAUAUAUUUUUUAAAGAUCCAACCCCAUACGGAGAUUUGUUUAAGAAAUUCAAAUGGCAGCAAGCGAAAAGAAGUCUUCGCGUCGUGAAUGCCGAAAUUAAUGAAAUAAUUAAAAAAGAAACAGUUCUUAAGAUCCAUGAGCAUAUCAACAAUUCUACAGAUGUCAUUAAAACAGUCAGAAGCUUAUACGAUUAUGUCGAGAACGAUAUGUAUUCUUCUUGGUCAGAAAACGGUUUACCUGAAGAGGAUAUUUUCUAUAAUGUUACUAUUAAUUUUGGAGAUACUCCAUUUCAAUAUGAGACAAGAUGGAGGGAUCGUACCCAAAGAAGUACCAUUGUAAAAAUUGGUGUAGCCAAAAAAGGCUUGAUCAGUAUUAAACCAGGACAAACAAUAGUUACGAAACUCAAAGCUUUCAAAACUAUUAUCUCUAUGAAUUUGAAGUAUAGAGCUCAAAUUGUCGGAAAUUUAAUAGGUGAUUAUCAGAAUCUUUAUGGCAAGUACCAUUUUUAUUCGCCUACUAUGGAAAAUAUAAUGAAAGCCGCUGGUCUAAAAAAUCAUAUUGAAACAACCGAGUCUCUAGAAGUUAUUUGUUAUACGGAUCCUGCUAUUGAUGUCUUUGAUAAGGAUACUGGGUUAACAAUAACAUCACAUGUGUCAUUGAGGUUUAGACAUUUAAGACGUAAUAAACCACGUCAAUAAAACCAAUAUGUAAGUUUUAGAAUAGGUAUACCGUAGGGUGUAAGUAUGUUAAAUCAAAAAUACUUUCCACAUAAAUUAUAAUAUAAUUUCCAUGGUUAAAGUAUCUGCAUGAAGUGAUAAAUAAAGAUUGAUGGAUCAACGAUAAAUAUUUUAGGAGGUAUUCGAAAUGUCAACUUUUUUUUAUCAAUGCAAGAUUCUACUCGUUUUGGUGCAUAAAAUUGUCUCUGUAAUUGCUUUUUUCAUUUUAGACAUCAUGUUUCAUAGUAAAAUCAACUGCUUAAAAACCUACAGAGCUGCUUAAAAACCUACAGAGCUGCUCGUCAAACUAUCACAAUGUCACCUCAAUUGAUUUUUAACUCUAAGUUCAAUGCAUUAUGGCUUAAAACCAAAUGAAGAAAAUUGUCAGUUUUGUAAAUGUGCUUUUGACUGUACAAAUAAUGUAUAUUUUUGAUUUCCGAACUUGUUGACUUUUUUUAAAUACAUAUAUGAAUAUAUUCAUAUUAAUUUUCCCUAAAAACGUUAUAAGAUACGCACCUGAAGAUUUUA